AUGUCAAAUCUAAAUGCAAAUGGUGAACGCAGUUCCACCGUAUUCUUGAACUGUUUUGUUGUCCCUUUAAAUACGUCUUCAAAUGCUAAUGCUGAAAUGGAGUGGGACACCCAGAGGUAUCCAACCACACGCACAGCGAUGGACAACACAUGUUGCAUGUUCAUUUGUAGGAUAUAUAACUUCCUAUGUCUGUUGUGGUCACGUACCAUUAUGUACUGUUCUCGAUGGUUUAGUCGUUUACAAACAGGGGAACAAGGACAGGCGCUGCUGGGGGAUACCAUGGAUCUGACUGACCCCAGCUGUGAGCCGGACGAGCUUGGAAUGGCUUCUCGAAAUACGAGGAUUUUCGUCGCGAAACUGUGGGAUAAUAAACCUAAACAAAUACAAGUUGAAGAAGCAUUCCAUAAACGUGGUUACGCUCCACCGCGAUCCUGUUCUGGUGAAAAUUCCCGUAGGCGUAUAAAAACCCCAAACGUAUCGCAGCGUCGUGCAGCCUCAGGAGAGGCUGAGAACGAGAGCUUUAGAGUGCAUUCGGAUGACGAAAGCUCUGUUAGCUCACCUUUACACAGCGGCGUAGUUUAUAAAGAGCAUUGGAUAAUGCAGCAUGGUGUUCUCAUGAAUGCCGGGCUAGAUCGACCCCUCAGCGAGGACACCGACUCCAUGAUGCGGCGCUUGGUGAGCGUUGAUGGUACGUAUGCGCACCAAGGUCAUGGCGAACACCAGAUAAUGAGGCAAGGCGUUUAUGAGGAGGGCGGCGAAACGAGCUCCAUUACUCGAGUACAGCCUCUGAUCGACGACGUGGCGAUGGUUCUGGAUGAGAUUGAGGCUCAUCGUCAUCCUAUUCAUACUCCUGAGCAGUUAAUCGUAUUUCUAGAACGUUGUGCGGACUUUCUACCAGUACGUAUAGAAGUGGAGCGUGAAGGCACUGCACUCCCGCAGGAUUCUACCAGGAGCAUGGAAAAGGAUACAUCUUCCACGUUGGAGUACAGGUUGCAUUUCCUAGGACCUUUACGGCCUAAUCCAUACACAGCCGUCCUAAGUAUCUUUGAGGAUGUCAUCAUGGACGACUGCGAUAGCAAUGCUUUACGUCUCGUCAGCAUUCACUGCUCAGAUUUGUGUUUUUCUAGUCAUAUAAAUCCUUCUGAAAAGGGGGUAGUAGGGAUGGACUCAUUUGACAUCGUUGGCGACAAAAUUUCAUCACGCGAUGAAUGGCAGAUCAAGUCUGACCUGAAUGAUGUAAUGAUAUCCUAUUGCCCACUUCAGAAGCAGCAGCAGUCUAUUCACUCGUUGAACGUAGCCGAUGGCAACUAUGGAGGUUACCAAUCAGCCAAAUCCAUGCAGCCGUUGUGUGAUAGGUCCCUGUUAACACCAACCGCCACGCAGGAUUCUCUACAGCUUUUGAAAGAAUCCCACAUGCGUUUGCUAGGGAUCUUGAAGAAUGUAAUGGAUAAUAUGGCCAACACCAUCCAUUCGGUCAGGUUCACACGCUGCGUGUUUGCCCCUAUAGACAUCGGACACUCGCUUCCUCUAACGCUCUCGCCUCUUGUAGAGCUACUUUUUGAACAGUGCCCGCUCUCCCCGGCCCACAUUGAUGCGCUACUGCAGUUGGCUCGAUCGGAAACGCGACGACACGUCGCAUCGACAUUUUCAGGUUCACAUCCGCCACCAGCUUUUUCACGACUUACAGAGCUACAACUUAGCGGCUCACUGACGGAUGAAUGCAUCUCGGAGCUUUUGAGUUAUUUCUGGGAUGAAGUGGUGGAUGAAAAGGGUACUGCGUUAAGGGUUCUCAGAUUGCCUAGUUUACUACUUCGAUCUGCAAAAGGUCACCCUUUCAUCCAGGCUCAUCCCUAUGUGCGAGUAUUUCCACUGGCUUGA